AUGGCUCGCCGGCUCGUCCGAACGGGCGUACAACUUGGUUUGCUCACCAUCUUCGCCAUCUGCCUGAUAGUCUUUCUCGAUAAUCGAUUUCGAGUCCUCCCCGCCUCCAUCCAUGGCCACCUCCCGACACACUUUUCCGGCUACGCGAUCACCGACGUGACCGUCACCACCUGUUCAACCCUCAACCCCUUCUCGAACUGCAGACUCGACCCCGAAGUCUGGUACCGCAUCGAGAAGGACCUCUACCUCCGCACGGGCUGGACCUCGAGCGCUUACAUUCACUUUCAGCGGAAAAAAGAGGAGGAAUUGUCUUCUUCGGACAAAGUCGUCGUCGAUUUGAAAAUCAGCCGUCUCACCCCGCAAUCCGAAGGCAAUAGCAAAAGCGAGAUUGUUAACUGGGAGCAGCGGCCCGGGGGCAUUUGGCUCAAACGCACCGCCGCCCGCCAUGCUAGCGACUCACAAAACACCGUCACCUACGUCGAUGUCCUGUUUGGCGCGGACGCCGUCGAUCCGCGCCCUAACUGGGAAGUGAAAGACACCCCUCUGCUGCUGGACAGUAGGACGGAGGAGCUGGAGACUCGCCUCAGCAUCCGUCGAGGCAACCCGGUCAAGCCGAAAAUGCCUACUCCGCGGAUCAAUGAAAACGGCAAGUUCAAGGUGAUGCAGCUGGCCGAUAUGCAUCUGAGCACGGGCCUGGGGGCCUGUCGGGACCCUGUCCCUGCCGAGUCCGUGGCAGGCCAGGGAUGUGAAGCCGACCCGCGCACGCUGGAGUUUGUCGAAAGGCUUCUCGAUGAGGAGAAGCCGGAUAUGGUCAUCUUGACAGGUGACCAGGUCAACGGAGAGACAGCUCCUGAUGCCCAGAGCGCCCUGUUCAAGUCGGUGAAGCUUCUAGUCGACCGCAAGAUCCCCUACGCGGCCAUUUUCGGCAACCACGACGACGAAGGCGAUCUCAACCGCGAACAUCUCAUGGCUAUCUACGAAGAACUUCCCUACUCCAUGUCGGCCGCCGGGCCCGAAGACAUCGACGGCGUCGGAAACUAUUUCGUUGAAGUCCUCGACCGGGGCAAGAGCACGCACUCGGCCCUGACCUUCUACCUCCUCGACACUCACUCCUACUCUCCCGACGAGCGCCAGUUCCGAGGCUAUGACUGGAUCAAGCCGAGUCAGACCCGCUGGUUCAAGAACACGGCCCAGAGCCUGAAACGGAAACACAAGGAAUAUUCGCACAUCCACAUGAACAUGGCAUUCAUCCAUAUCCCGCUACCUGAGUACCGCAACUCCGACCUUUUCUACAAGGGUUCAUGGGUGGAGGCACCCACAGCCCCUGGAUUCAACUCGGGCUUCAAAGAAGCGCUCGAGGAAGAGGGGGUGUUGUUUGUGAGCUGUGGACACGACCACGUGAACGACUACUGCAUGCUCGACCAUGAUGAGGCCAACAAACCCUCCCUCUGGAUGUGCUACGGUGGCGGAGUCGGCCUGGGCGGUUACGGCGGCUAUAACGACUACGUGCGCCGCGUGCGCUUCUUCGACUUCGACAUGGGUCCCGGCCGAGUGACGACCUACAAACGCCUCGAAUGGGGCCAAACUGAAGCCAAAAUCGAUGAAAUGAUGAUCGUCGACGCUGGCGCCGUCAAGGGUCCGGGCGAUAGUGACACUGGCUCUGGAUGA